AUGGAUUACAUGGCCGAAGAAUUAGAUGGCCAUUCUGAAGGGGUUGGGCAACAUAGAUUAAAUUCAGAUUUAGAUUCGUGUGACAAAAUUUACAUACCGCAACUAAGAGAUGACCACAAGCCAAAAUCAGGCCAAGGAAUUGAGUCAUUAGAUGAUGCUCAUGAGUUCUACAAUAAUUAUGCCAAGAAAGCUGGUUUCAGUGUCAGAAUCAAUUCUAGUAGGAAGAAUAAAGAAACUAAUGAAAUCCUACGAAAGGAGUAUGUGUGUUCUAAAGAAGGAGUGCCCGCUAAAGGAGUUGGUGAGAAAAAAAGGCGUAGAGGUAUUACUCGAGAGGGUUGUAAGGCAAAGCUAGCUGUGGUGAAGUCAAAAUUAGGAACCUAUGUGGUCAGCCUAUUUGUGGAGGGUCACAACCACCCAUUAAUAAGUCCUAAAAGAGUACACUUGUUAAGGUCUCAUCGUACAGUUUCAAAUUCUCAUAAGUGUAUAACCCAACUAUUUUCAGCAGCAAAUAUACCUACACAUCAACAGUUUAGCCUUCUUGAAAUGCAAGUUGGGGGGAUAGAAAAUAUUGGAUGUCUAGAGAAGGAUAUUUACAAUAAUGAAAGGAAUUUGCGUAAUGGGUUGAAGGGACAUGAUGUAGAUAUGUUGUAUGAGCAUUUCCAGCUAGAGCACGAAAAGAAUCCGUCCUUCACUUUUAAGAUUGAGGCAAAUGAAGAAGAUAGAAUUACUCAUUGUUUUUGGGUUGACACAAAAUCAAGGAAGGUGUACACGUUUUUUGGAGAUGUGGUUGUGUUUGAUAGUACUUAUAAUACUAAUCGGUAUGGUAUGAUAUUUGCACCAUUUGUAGGGGUCAAUAAUCAUGGUCAAAAAACAGUGUUUGCUUGUGCAUUCCUAAGUGAUGAGACAACUAAUUCUCUUCUUUGGCUAUUUGAGCAAUUUAAGAAAGCCAUGCCUGGAGGUUCCCCUAAAAUGAUUAUUACUGAUCAAGAUCCAGCAAUGACAAAAGCCAUUGUACAAGCUUUUCCAAAUAUAAUUGCAUAUGUACCACCAUUAAGGGGUGUGUUUUCCAGAUUAUGA